AUGUCAUCAUCUAUUUAUACUAGACCAGACUCCGAAAUGUAUAGCGAACUCGCCAAAUCAGAUUUCCAUCAUCCUCCGGUGGACGAAGAGCCAGGGACAUUACCAUCACCGAACCAGUCGUCCUGGAAUACUGCAAAACUCGUACUACGCAUUGCAUUCACGGCCAUUGCACUACCCCUUUUCGGAAUAUCAGCUUCUGGACUUUCAACGGGAACAAGUCCUCGGGACACCACUGCAGCAAUCUUAUACGACAUGGCAGAAUACAUCGUCAUGUGUGCCCAGAAGAGGAAGUCCGGCAUCCGCCCUACCAUUUCUCUCGGUUUCGAACUCGUCCUUGGGCUCUGCGGUAUGGCGUUAUCGGGGAUUCUUACCUACGCCACGGUCGUCUCCUACAAUUGGCGUAUAGAGGACUUUGCCUACAAUGCCAAACAGGAUAAGCCCAUCCCCGGAUAUGUUAGCAGUGGAUACUUCUGGAUCAAGAUGUCCAUCUCCGCCAGCUGCCUUGCCACAUUACUAUCCUUAAUACACUUUGUCCUAUUCAUCCGCGACUGUGUUGAAGUCGACAGGCAGAGGGAGGCUGCUAAGCAAUCUAGGGAAACAUCAAGGGUCUCCGUUGACCCUCGGGAGUUAAUGUCCCACUUUCCUGAAUUGGACUCGAAGGCUGGACAGCAGAGCAAUGACUACGAUGGAAAGGUCGACCUAGAAAACUAG